UUACAAGAAGGGUAACUGAAACUGGUUUGAGUAGCUGUCCACGGCUGCAUGGAAGUGUUAACAGUCUCUUUGGCCAUACGCAGGCUGAUCAACCCUGGAUGAUCACCUGUUUGGAGACUUUACACACUAACUCCCUCAAGGGGUUGUUGAGGCGAUGGAGGCAAAGGAACACUGGUUCUUGCAAGGAUUUCUGGUUCUUGCUACGGUAAUAGCUCAAGGGGCAACUAGUAAAUGUCCUUCUAGUCCUCUAUGCUACAAGAAAACUGAAACAGCUACCACCUAUACAUGUGAAUGGGUGACGUCUGAGUCUAUGAAGAAUGUAACCUAUGAGCUUUUUUACAGGCGCUCCAAUUCAUCUGAAAAUAGAACAUCAUUGGGCAGAGAUAGGAAGAGCUAUAUCUGCGUGAAUGACAAUACAGUGAUCAACAAAGUGCCCGUGGAUAUAUGGGUGGUCGCUUCUAUGGGCAACUGGACAUGCCAGUCACUCAGAACCUCUGUUAUACUUUCUGAAAGAGUUAAGUAUGAAGCUCCCCAAAGUAUGUCUAUGUCAAGAUCCUCGAGCAAUCUUACCCUCAGCUGGGAUAACAAGAAAGUGCCUGAAGGUGCUGUAAUAGAGGUCAGGUUCAGAAGACUAGGGGAAACCUCAGGGACAUGGAAGACAUUUAAGACAGAAGUCAAACAAGCCAUCGUCACACUGGAGAAUCUCCAGAACCAAUCUGUGUACCAACUGCAGGUCAGACAAAAGUCCAAGCUGGUCAAACAUCCUCUGUGGAGUGACUGGACUCCAAUCCUGGACGUUCCCCCUGAAAUCCAAAAUCCCCCAGAGGUUAACUGGACAGUCAAGGAUUUUAACAAUGGUACUCGACUACUCAAGCUGACUUGGGGUACACCACCCUAUCCAGUCUCUAUGCAGGUGAAUUACAACCUCUCUCUCCAUAUUUGGCCUUGCCUACUAAAGCGAAAGAACUUCACCAAUGUCACUACCACUGAGUUCAGUGUUUAUGUGACUUACUCUGCUGUCAGUGGUGAUAUUGUUGCCUUUAAUAAGGUGGGAAAGUCAUCCCCUACACAUAUCCUUGUCCCAGCAAAACAUCUUACAUUUCCCAGCAAGUCUUGGCCUGAUGACAAACUCAUCCCAUUCAAUUAUUCGCAUGGCUUUGCGAAAUCCUGCCUGGAGUGGUACAAGUUAACAGACGGAGAAACACGACCAGAAAAAGUGAAUAGAUCAAAACUAAAUGGAGCCGUGAAUGAAAAACUAAAAUCUAUCAGACUAAAGAUGGAUGACUAUGUACGCUACUAUUACCUCGUUCACAAACAAACUGAUGGAAAGCCACAAACAACAGAGAUGUGUCUCAUGUAUAAAGAGCAGGGUGCACCCAGUAAGGCUCCUAUUCUUAAUGUUAAUGUUACAACCAAUUCUGCAAUGCUGCAUUGGAAACCUAUUCCUGUGCCAGACCAGCAAGGUUUCCUUACACACUAUGAAGUCUGCUACACAAAGAGAAACCAAACAGAGUGUCACAACAUCUCAGCAUCGAAAACAGAGUACCUUGUUCAAAACCUGACACCUGGGUCCAUGUACAUCAUCCAUCUUGCUGGAGCAACAGCUGUCGGCUUAGGACCAAGGACAACUAUCCAUAUCGUGACAAAGCUUCUACCCCAGUCCAUUAUUGGUUGGAUCAUAGCUGGCAUAAUUGUUUUAAUUGCAAUAUUAAUAACAGUAUGCUUGUUUAUCAUCAAGAGACAUAAAAUAAAGAUCUUCCCACCAAUACCACAUCCUGUGGUCGAAGAAUCAGUGAAUUAUCGAGCGAGGAAUCAGGACAUGUAUGAGAUGGAGGAGGUGCAUGAGCUGCAGCUACAUGACAAUUGCAGCCAAGACCCCAACCCUGAGGAAGCAACUGUCCUAGAGGUGUCUGAGACAUAUGAGUGUGAAGACAUGGACGAGAAGUGCCUGGGAGACUCCAGCACCCCAGUCAGUGACCCGCUGAGCCCUGAUCACAAGGGCCAGGUGUUACAUCUAGAAACCACUGAUCCAAGCCAAGGAGAGAUUGACUGUGAGGUCACCAUGCUGAUGUACAGGAACGGUCUGGUCUUUGAUAUGAAAGCAUACUCCACUGAGGAUGUCGGGACGCCACUGUAGACAUCACUGCGGUAGUACUUACUUGAAGCCUGUAAUUAUAAUGCAUGACCCCCUUAUUAUGGUGUAUUGUCAUUUUCUAUUGGUCCUGACUAAAUAACAGCCAUUUUGAGUCAGUUGAGAGAAUUGACAUAUUAUAAGCCUUAUAAUAAUAGAUUAUAAAGGCUCAUACAUGUUUAUAACAAGUUAUAAAGCAUUAUAUCUGCAGCCUUUAUGUAAAGUGUUAGCAACACUGCCCGAGUCUGGUGACUGUGGCCUGGCUGGGCCAUUUAGCACUGUCUGUUCAAAUGACCAGGCUAGUUCAUUAACAGAUAAUUAUUAUAUUUUUGUGGACGUUAAAAUAUCUUUAGAUACUGUAGAUAUAAAUAGUUUGCGUUGAUGUGAAUUGAUGUCUUUUUUUGUAAUAUUUUAUAUAUAUAUAUUUUUUACAAUAAACAAAAACAUACAUAGACAAAAACAACAGACAACUUCAUUUACAUACAUUUCCACAACCAUUAAUGGCAUCACACUUGCUUAGACCCACAUGUUCCCACCGUAUCCACACAAACAAAGAGGUGUAAUGGGCUCGCACUCAGAAAUAUGUUGCAUAAAGCUUACUUCAUUAUUCAAUGUUCUUCGUUAUUUUCACUGCAUCAGACGUUUCAGCUUUACAGCCUUCUUCAUUGUGUCCACACCUAAUGUUGUUUCUAAUGCUCUGCCCCAUAUGACUUCAAAUUGUGUUAUGUUGUUUCUGUUUGUAGCCAGAUUUUCUUCAAUAUUUAGA